AAGACGAACGUAGCACUUUUGACAGAAGGUGCAAAGUACAUUCAGCGAGCGAAGAAAGAAAGAAGAGAACAAGUGGAAGAAAUCAAAUUUGAUGAUGGGGCCAGACGAGAUUGGUUAACGGGGUUUUCUAAACGGAAAAAGGCAAAGUUAGAAGAACGUAGAUCAAGAGCUAAAGAAAGGGAUCAUAAAGAACAUCUCGAAGAACGACGAAAGGCAAGGGAAGAACUACGUAAACGUGCAGCUCAAAAUGUCAUCGACGUCCGGAUGGCUCUCGGUCUCACUUCCACCGACCUAAAUUCGAAUGAUGAAGAGGAUGACGAAGAAGAGGAAGCAGAAACCGAAGAGAAAUUCGAAGAUGCCGAUCAAAUAGCUAUGGUAUCCAUCGUCGAAGAUUUCGAUCCUUCUUCUCUUAAUACAGUCUCAUCCAAUACCGAUAAUCAUAGAGUCAGAAAAAGUGAAGAGGACAGCACAGGGGUCAAAGCACAGAUAAAGGAUGGGGCCAAAGGGAAGGAAAAAGUGGAUGGUAGCGGGAAAGUCGGCUUAUUGCCACCCUCUAGCAGAAAGGUCCAGAAGGCUCUCAAGAAGAAAAAGGAGAAAGAAGCCAGUAGAAGUAUGGAAACUAAAGCUGAGCGAAGAAAGGGUAAAUUUAUGGAAGUUCGGAAUAGGGCGAAGAAAGCUGGGUUGGCUUUGGAGAGGGAUGGUAAGAAAAGGGGUGGGUUCAAGGGUAAGAGUAGAGGAAAG